UUUUUUUUGUAUUUCUUUUGUGUGAUGCCUAUUCAAGUUGUUCCUUUAGGCGCAGGUCAGGAUGUUGGACGUAGUUGUAUUUUAGUCACGAUUGGUGGCAAGAACAUUAUGUUUGAUUGUGGAAUGCAUAUGGGCUAUCAAGAUGUCAGACGUUUUCCUGACUUUAGUUAUAUCUCAAAAACAGGCAACUACACCGAUAUCUUAGAUGCUGUCAUUAUCUCUCAUUUCCACUUGGAUCAUUGUGGUGCUUUACCAUUCUUUACUGAAAUGUGUGGGUAUGAUGGUCCGAUCUAUAUGACGCAUCCCACAAAAGCCAUUUGCCCCAUCUUGUUGGAAGAUUACCGCAAAAUCACAGUAGAGCGAAAAGGCGAGACGAAUUUCUUUACAUCAGACAUGAUCAAAAACUGCAUGAAGAAAGUGAUCCCGAUGAAUUUGCAUCAGACUAUCAAAGUAGACGACGAGAUUGAAAUCAAGGCCUAUUAUGCAGGUCAUGUCUUGGGUGCUGCCAUGAUCUAUGUGCGUGUAGGACAGGAAUCGGUUGUCUAUACAGGCGAUUACAACAUGACACCCGAUCGUCAUCUAGGCAGUGCUUGGAUUGAUAAAGUGCGACCUGAUGUCUUGAUUACUGAAAGUACGUAUGCUACUACCAUUCGUGACUCCAAACGGUCUCGAGAGCGUGAUUUCUUGACCAAGGUGCAUGAAUGUGUCGCCAAUGGCGGCAAUGUAAUCAUUCCUGUGUUUGCUUUGGGUCGUGCUCAAGAACUUUGUAUCUUGAUUGAAUCCUAUUGGGAUCGUAUGGGCCUUGAUAUUCCUAUCUAUUUUUCCACAGGCUUGACAGAAAGAGCGACAGAAUAUUAUAAACUGUUUAUCAACUGGACCAACCAAAAGAUCAAAUCGACCUUUGCUCAACGCAAUGCCUUUGAUUUUAAACACAUUAAGCCAUGGCACAAGAGCUAUCUGGAUGCCAAGGGGCCUAUGGUCUUGUUUGCUACACCGGGCAUGUUGAAUGCAGGCACAUCACUUCAAGUCUUUCAGAAAUGGGCACCCGACCCAAAAAACAUGGUGAUCAUGCCUGGUUAUUGUGUUGCAGGCACAGUGGGAGCCAAAGUCCUGUUGGGUCAAAAACUGAUUGAGGUAGACAAGUAUACUAAAUUUGAAGUCAAUCUACAAGUCAGAAAUCUAUCGUUUAGUGCACAUGCGGAUGCAAAAGGUAUCAUGCAACUCAUUCGUAUGUGCGAACCAAGAAAUGUGGUGCUUGUUCAUGGUGAGCGAGGUAAAAUGGAUUUUUUGAGAAGCAAUAUCAUGAAGGAAUUCGGUAUUGCUUGUUACAUGCCUGCCAAUGGAUGCAGUAUUCAUAUGGAAACCAGUCGAGCAUUAGAAGCCAAGAUUAGUACAGAUUUACUCAAGUCCCUUUUACCAAGCACAAGUACUCUCUGUCCCACCACGUCUGUGCCUAUUCAUGCCACUUUGCUGAUGCAUAUCGAUACCAGAAGCAAGCAGCAGCAUGCACUUCCUUCUAUAGAAAUUGUGAAUUCAACACCGGUAGAAAAAGAAACCAAAAAGGCCCUUUUUUUCCAAGUAGAAAAAGCGUUUGAUCCUACUUGUCUUUUGCCUGAUGUGACACAAUCUUCAUUGGAGGACAUACAACGUCGUAUCCUUGAUGUGCUACAAGUGGCCCUUGCUCGAUCUGUAGGGAAAACAUGUCUAAUUGAACGUACAUCAAGCAGUAUUGAUAUUCAAAGCGUGUGUUUGUGGUUAUUGAAUUCAGACUGUGUCUGUAUCAAAUGGAGUUUUGAAGAUGAAGAUUUAGCAAGCUUUAUUUUGGGUACGAUCAAUACUGUCUUUUUAUUUUCAAAUGCACCUAUAUCCAUUACUCAAGAUGUUGUAUGGGCUUAUUCCAACUCAUCUACCUUGGCUCACACAGAUACGAAUUAUACACCUGUGCUUUAUAACAGUCGAAUCAAAGCAGCCUCCAAUCUAAACCAAGCUCCGGAAGCAGGACUCAAGGGUGUUUUGUAUCAACCCUCGAUCCAUUGUACAGGCACCAAUACAACAGAACGACCUCUUUCAAUUUUGAACCAAUUGACUAAAAUAGCCUUAAUUGAUCAAGACAGAGCAUCUUGUUCUAUAGCAGACAAUAUCAAACAAGCUCAAGAUCAAGGAGCCAUAGGAGUUAUUUUAUAUGGUGAUACCAUACAUUCUGGAAAUGAGGAAGACACCUCUAUCAUGAUACCUUUAGGUACCAAUAUUUCAAUUACUGUUUAUUUUGUAGAUAUUCAUAUUGGUAAAGAAUUAUCAGAGAAAGUGGCUUUGUAUCAAGCAACACCUGUUUCGUUAUUGAGUGAGACCAUCAGUGUCAAACCGUAUGUACGGGUACUUAUGUUGCCACCGAGUACUGGAGGGAUUAAUGCAUGGGAAAUUACGUUACUUGUGGUAUCUACUUUACUUGUCACUAGUUUUCUUGCUUCAGGUAAAACACAAGGGGGAGUGGCAAGAAACCAAGCCAUGAUUCAUAGCUGUUAUGUAGUGAUCAUGCAUUGGCAUUUGUGGAGAAAGCGAAAGAGACAAGCGUAUCUAAUUGAACAAGGUUUGAUUCCUGUGCCUGUUGAAAUGUUGCCUAUGGGUAAACAUAUCCUUCAAGCAUCACAACUUGAAGCACUGUUUCCUAUUCACACUUUGACAAAUAACCAUACAGAAGUCUGUGUUGUCUGUCUAGAGCCUAUGAUGGUAGGAUCUAAAGUACGCAAAUUGCCCUGUGAGCAUACCUACCAUGGUCAUUGUAUAGAUCCUUGGUUAACACAGAAAUGUGCUGAAUGUCCUCUGUGUAAAUAUGACUGUAGUCAACUAUCUAAACCACAACAACAACAAGAAGAACAACAACAAAAACAGACACUUUUAUUUUGGAAAUGGUUAUGCUUUAAAUAA